AUGCUUCUCUCCAUACAAAGAUCAUUUUCUCGUCUCUUUGUAAGAAAUAUCCCCAAAACAGCCACAGUACAAGAAAUCGAAGAAUUUGCCAAAAACUUUGGAGAGAUUGCCUCAUUAGAAGUCCCUACAAGAGAUGAUAAAUUCAUACGAGGAUUUGCUUAUAUAACAUAUCGACAUGAAGAUGAUAACAUUAAAGCUUCUGAGCUAAUCCAAACCAGAUCUUUUAAAGGAACAGAUCUUAUGGUAACUCUAGUUAAAUCUGAUAUUAAAUCUCAAGAUUACGCCUUCAAUUCAAGACAGCCAUUCGCACCUAGGAAAAAUUACGAUAAAGACCCUGCCUAUAAGUUCCCUAAUUUUUAUCCUUAG